AUGUCUGUGAGCGGUGAGUAACCGAAGAGGCGGACGUUGAUAUUCUUAAACGUGAACAUUGCGAUUAUUGUGAGAUAAUUUUUGAAACACUGAUAAUUGAAAUAAAAUUUAACGUAUAGCAAAGAAUUAUGUACUUAUUAGGAAACGACUUGUAUAUCUAUAAAUCGUAACAACGUUGUUUACAAGUAAUAACACGGAUUAAAUCAUGAAGGAAUAAUAUUUUUCUUUAUGAAAUAACAUUUAGUCAGCGUAAAGAAAUUGUGAUCUAGAAAACAAAAUUGCAACGUCGUAAAUAGAAGAAACGUGAAUAUGUGUGAUCUUAUAGAUUUAGAUAGUCCUGACAAAAAGGAUUCAUUAAGUUCGAGACUGGCAUCGCCUUUAAUACCAGUACCUACAGAUGUUACAUCCAACAACAAUAAUACUCGAAUCAAUACGAACGAGCCAAAUUCUCUAAUAAUAGGAAAACGUGAUAGUUUAGAAAAUAAUCCUUUUGAUAUGGUGUUGCAUAAAACUACAGAGUAUAUUCAAAAAAAGGACGACCCUUUUGAAAUAAUGUUGGAGAAAGCAUUGACAGUGAAGUGCAAAAAGAAUACUUCCUUGAAAUCAGGUUCCCUUGAUUUACCAAAUAAUCCGGUUCUUAAGGAAAAAAAGAAUGGACAGAAGCUGAAAAUGAACAAAACGUUGGAUGAGAUUUUAAUUAAUGACGAAUUAAAUUUAAGAAAUACAACCAGCAAUAAAAAGUCUGCUAAAAAUGCAAUUGAUAAUUUAAGUAAUACUAAUACAUCAAACAAUCUACCCAUUAUCGAUGUUCAAGAUCUUAAUUUAUCAAUAUUAAAUCAAUCUGUGAUGAAUGAUACCUUAUUCGAAGAAAGCAAUAAAUCGAAUAAAAAUGAAAUACAAUCUACUUUGGAAAAUAAAAUGUUAAUUCCUAGUGUGACCUUACAAGUUCCAAAAUUUAAACGUUCUUUUUCACAAGGUGAAACACUACUCGAUAUGAGAGUAUUAGAGCAUCUGCAUCAAAUAUCAUUGGCUAAAUCUUUAAGAACUGUUUCUAACAGUGAAAUUAGUAUAUCUUCUUUAAAUUCACCUGAUAUGCUGAAUGAAGGAUUUUUUAAGAGCGAUAUUGGAGGAAGUUCUAUAUUCUCAAGUUUGUCAAAUAUUUCUUCUAUACCAAAAAUAAGUCCUGUUUCUUCAAUAAUUAGUCCAUCACUAAUGCUAUCAAAUGGAACUAUGAAUCGGACAUUCUUAGAAAGCUGUUCCUUCGAGAAAUCAGAGAAUACAAAAUUAACUAAAGAUUGCAAUGAAGAAACAGAAUCUGUAUUGUCAGCGACAAAAAAUUUGGAAAUAUUAAAAAAAAAUUCAUUGUCUGAUUUAACAGAUCGAUUUAAUAAACUUAAAGCAAGAGUAUCAGGGAUUCCUGAAAGUUGUACAAAUAAUAAAGAUGUACUUACAUGUAGCUCUUUCAGCGAUAUAAAACAAUCUGUAACUUUAACAGAAAAAAAUGAAACAUGUAGUGUAAAUAAUAAGUUAAUCGAUGUGGAUGUAUUUACGCCAGACAAUAAUUCUAGUAAAGAACAUUGCAAAAGUUCUAUUUCAGAUACGUCAUCAGAUUCCGUAUUUAUUCAAGCAUUGACGAUCUCAUUACAAACAAUCUUUCAUGGACAUCAGAAUUGUUACCAGCAUUUGAUGAUGAAACUUCAGAAAAUUUAAUUGAAUUACCCAUAUCUCCUGAGAAAAAUGAUUCAAAGUUGAAAAAUAUAAAAAUUACAGAAAAUGAAGAUAAUGAUUCGUAUAAAAAUAAAAUAGACGAAUGUAAUAAAAUGAAAGAAAAUGUAAAAGAUUUAGAAAUGGAACUUGUCGAGCCAAUAUCAGUAGAAAAACGUCCUAGAGCUGUAACACUUUUGUUAGAUCUUAAAAAAUUAGUUGAUACAGAAAAGAAUAUAGAAGCAAAUAAACUAUUGGAGAAUUUGGAAAAAGUUUUAGGUAUUAAUUGUGACAACAAUACCGAAUUAUUAACUACUUAUCUUAAUGCAACUAAUAAUUUAUCAAAGAGUCCACAAAAAUCAAAUAAUAGUUUAGAAGUGAUCAAAAAUGUGAUAGAAAUUAAUACAGAGUAUAGUAAAGAAAAUAAUUUGACUAAUGAUUCAACGGAAAGUAUUAAGGAAUCAGUAUUCUUCGAAAGCAUAAAUUUAAAUGAUGUAAAUACGAAUAAAUGUAUUGAUAAUCAAAAGUACUUAAAUAGCGUAAAUAAUAAAUUAAAAUAUGAAACUUCAGGAGACCAAGUGAAUAUUAGAAACAUAAACAAAGAAAAAAAUAAAAAUGAAUUUAAUGAUCAAAAGACGUCUGAAGAAGAUUCUUCUUGCAAAGAGGAAUAUAGUCCACUAAAUGAAAAAGUGAUAAUUGAUUUACUUGCAAAUAUAGGAAAAUUAUUACAGACUAAAGGACAUCCAACUUUGGAUAUACUUAAAAACUUAGGAGAAGUAUUGAAUGUUGCUUAUAACUGUAAUGUUGACGAAAACAUGGAAACUAAAUAUGAAGAUGUAAAAAUUCAACGAACGUCAAAAAAAUCAAAAUUGAAAUCUGGAAAGGAAAUGAAGUCAUUACUUUCAAAAUCAGCUAAUAGAUUAAGUUUAAAUGUAGAUUCAAAGAAACAAGCAAUUGGUAAAAAUUUUAUCAGGAGAAGUAUAUCUAUAUCUCAAACACCGUCAAUUGAAUCAAGUUCACUUGCCAACAAAGAUAUACCUCAAUUGAAAAAACGAUUUUCUAGUGAUCCCAAUUUUAUUAAUCCAUCAUUAAAUAAAAAAGUGAUAAAUAACAAUAAAAAUCAAUUACGAGAUACAGAAACUAAAACGAUUACAACUUUAGAUUCGCAGAAAGAAAAAAUUUCAAUGAUAAGUACAGUUAAAAAUAAAUUGAAGAAAAAAAUUGACACUAAUAUCACAAAUAAAAAAGGGCCCAUGAAAGCUAUUAUUCCUAUAAGAAAUAUGCAAAAAAGAGAUACUGUUAAUAAAAAAAUAAUUUCAUCCAUUGGAGAUAUAAUAUCACCCGAGUCUCAUGAAAUAAUUAGCAGUACACCUAAUUCGAUAAUCAAUGAAGUCCCCCCAGUUAAAAAAUCAGGAUCCUCAAAACCAGUAGCUUCGUCAACUCCAGAUGCACCAAAUUCUAAAACGCGAAAAGUACAAUCGCAAGUAGUUAACAGCCCGAAGAAACGGAACUUUUUCUGCGAUAUUUCGCCAGUAACUACACGCGUAAAUGUUGAUAAUAACAAUAGAAUUAACGAUAGUCCACGAAGGAGUAACAAAUUACCGUCCCCAAAGAAAACGACACCCAAACAUCGACGUACAGAAUCUGGUAUUCCAAAAGCACAAACACCUCCUAUAAAUAAGCGAUAUUCCUCAUUUGAAAUUAAUCACUGUGAGCGUGUACACGAAUCGCCACGACGUUCAGUAUAUAAAAAAACAAAUUCGCAAAGAAAUUCGCCAGUAAAGAAAAAUGAAAAUAUCCAACGAAGUCCAUUAAGGGAUAGUAACAAACUUAUCCAUAAAGUAAAACCGAUUAAUCUGAUUUCAAAACUUCAGCGGCAUAACAGUAGCACAAAUGCGAUGGAUAAAGAAAACAGUUGUGUUUAAUUUAUUUUUUUAUAAUUAAUAACGGUUAAACAUGCGUAGAAUUUUCUACAGUGUGUGUAUAUUUUUUUACGUUUACAUUUUUUCACAUCUGUUUUACAAUAAAAUUUGCAACAUGAAGUAAUUAUUAUUUUCCUCUUUUUCUUCUCUUAUUUGCUUCUUGUCAUUUCAAUAUAAUAAAUUGUAAUUCAUAUUUUGUUAUAUAAAAAUAUGAAAAAAAAGAAUAACAUUACAUCGUACUUUCUCUUUCAUAUUAAAUAUUUGUAUUUAGACUUCUCAAUAUUCUUCAAGCAUCAAAUAGAUACCAAUACCUCUGUUUAUAAUUUUCGUGAUUUCACGAAACGAAAGCUUUUGCUUUUGAAAACUUUCAAAAAACAUUUCUUAAGACAAUUUCUCGCUCCUUCAUUUUUAUUAUUUGAAAUUCUUAUUUUAUUUGGGGGAUUCCCUGAGGAGAAUACUGUAUUGUAUAAUUCUAGCUGCAAGCAGUUUUUCAGCCUGGAUUGUAGUAAUUUUAUUUUUUCUGUACCUAGGAAUAUUUAUUUUAUUUUUUAUAUCAUUAUGUAACAAAUACAGACACAUUUACAAUGUACAUUCAUCAUUUUUUUUUCACGUCAUCCCUAUCAUUCUUUGACAACGCGAAACGUUGAAAUUUUUAUUCACGAUGCACGAUUUUGGCCGUGACUCAUUGUACCUUAAAAUUCGCUUGCGAUCUGUUGCGUCAGAUCCGUCGAUCUGAAAACAGGCUCAAAAGGGAGCUACUCGGCCGGGAACGAGGACAGCAGCGCUCGGGAACAGCCGAUACGUCACGGUCACUUUUAUCUGAAUCCGAAAUUUACUGAAGGUAAGUAAAGACGAGUAGACGCAAACGGAACAAAUUACAAUCGAAUUUCACGAGGAUACGGCAUUGUAACGAGAACAUUCAGUGAAAUAAAGAAAUUGUCGAAAUUGAAUCUCGUCGAACCAUUUUCGUCGUGCUUUCCGUUCGGAUGUAAAAACCAGGUAAACAAAUUUAAAAUUGAACUACGAUAGGUCGGUUGCCAUCAGGGACCACGCCAUCUAAUAAACGGAAGUCCAACGUCGACUCCUGGGAACUGAUGCCGCAUUUAACCUGUGCGGACCCGUCCCCGCAAAAAGUGCGCUCCGCGUGUUCCGUACUCCAGCGGCGGUCUGUCCACACUCGCGUGCAGCCGCACCCGGCAUCGCGCUCCUCGCUCCUCUCGCCGGAGUGAUUUCGUCGGGCAGCAGUAGCAAUCAGUAGCGCAGCAGCCGCCGUGUUUCGGAUCAAGUUAACCGGCAAUGCAAAACGAUUGUCUGGACAGUGAAUUGUCGGAAGUGACAGUGGCAGCGAGGUGAAGUGCGUCACAAUUUCUCGGUGUUCGAUCUUUUCGGGCGUUCAGUGGCGAGCGAACGAGCGGAGGUAGAGUAGCGCGGCGCGCACGAGAGGCCGCCUCUGGGAAAAAGAGCGCGUCUCGCAACGUUGCGGCCCAACGCAACUGUUCCGGGGGGGAAACGCGAUGAUUUCGACGCGGAACUAUCAGUCAACAGGACGACGUUGAGAACGACGAUGAAAACGAAACUCCGCGGGCCCCGGUGACGUGUAAACGGGUUUUUCUUUUUCUUUUAACGGGCACGUUGAUUCGCGUUCUCGUUUGAUGGUACGCAUGCGAUUCGCCAAAUGAUCUCUCGCCGGUCGAAUCGGCAAUCGGGGAGAAGUUAGCUGACGCGCGCCCCCGGUGAAAGAAACCCGCGUUCCGCAGUUUCGCCCGUGUGCGAUACGGACAAUCGUUCCGAGCUUAUCGAUAUUCUUAGAAUUGUCGUCGUGUGUGUUGUCGCGCGACAACGAUCGAGACGACGAGACACUGCAAAGAGGCGAAGAUUCAACUCGUGCGACUCGUACACAGUGUCAACGCGCACGAGGAUACAGUAUCGCAACCGCGGGGGGGGAAACGCAACCGGCGACGAUAUAUCCCGCGUGGUACGUACACGCACGUACGUAUAAUACGUAACGCACACGAGUUAACUACUCGUGUGUACACGCACGUUCGCGCAAAGAACCGUGCGGACUCGUGAAGUCGGACUCGGUGCGCCGUUUCAUCGCGUGCGUCAAAGUGGCUUGUCGCGAAGCGCGCUUACACGGAGCCAGAGACACUGCGAAAAAGUUGUUGGACAGACGGUGA